AAAAAAUAGCGUUCAGCAGAAUAUUCCAACAGCUGGCAGCACAGCGCAAAGCGCUUACUAUUCUACUUUCUCUGUUGAAUGUAACCUAUGAUCUUCGUUGCAAGGGUAUAAAGAUAUUACUCGCAUUGAAUAGUAUUGGAAAAAAAUGCGUUUCACUAAAAGGAAUUUUGAAUUGGCUAAAAAUUGGUUGCCUACUGCAAUGACUUAUGGAACUGGGGCAACACUGACGAUGUUAUACUUUACAGAUUGGAAAUUGGUAUUGCAAUAUGUUCCUUUCUAUGGUAGCAAGUUUGAGGAGCAAUCAUAAUAUGUAGAGCCAGUAUCCAAAAGAUGAUUAUGUAAUAAUUCUAUUAAAGAAUUCAAAUGUA